CCCCGCCUGGCGCAGGAGUCUCUUCUAAUUGGACCAAGAUUCCACCACCACUCUUCAAAAAAGCUGUCAUAGUUUUGAUAGAUGCUCUGAGAGAUGAUUUUGUGUUUGGAUCAAAAGGUAAACAGUUCAUGCCAUAUGUUACACAGCUUGUUGAUAAAGGAACGUCCCACAGUUUCAUAGCUGAAGCAAAGCCACCCACUGUGACCAUGCCUCGAAUUAAGGCCCUGAUGACUGGUAGCCUACCAGGUUUCAUUGAUAUUAUCAUGAACCUUAAUUCUCCAGCGCUCCUGGAAGACAAUCUUAUAUGGCAGGCAAAAACAGCUGGAAAAAGAAUAAUCUUUUAUGGGGAUGACACUUGGGUUAAGCUGUUUCCAAAGCAUUUUGUAGAAUAUGAUGGAACUACGUCAUUUUUUGUGUCAGAUUUUACAGAGGUCGACAAUAAUGUUACCAGGCAUUUGGAUACAGUGUUAAAAAGAGAAGACUGGGAUAUACUAAUACUUCAUUACCUGGGAUUGGACCAUAUUGGUCAUAUUAGCGGACCCAACAGCCCUUUGGUGGGACCAAAGCUGCAGGAAAUGGAUAAAAUCCUUAAAAAGAUUCAUCUCUCUCUCCUCUCAAAGGAAGGAGAGGCUUCUUUGCCUAACUUACUUGUUGUGUGCGGUGACCAUGGGAUGUCUGAAACUGGUAGCCAUGGGGGUUCCUCAGAGGAAGAAGUACACACACCUCUGCUAUUUGUCAGCUCUGCUUUCAAAAAAAAAAGCGGCUCUUUAAAACAACCAGGACUUGUGCAGCAGACUGAUUUAGCUGCCACAUUGGCAAUAGGUCUUGGUCUGCCAAUCGCAAGAAACAGCAUUGGGAAUCUCAUAUUGCCUGUCAUAGAAGGGAAGACAAUGAGAGAACAACUAAGGUUCUUGCACUUGAAUGGGUUUCAGCUUAGCCAGCUACUUCAAGAGAAUGUACCUACAUAUGAAAAAGAUCCUGGAUUUGAGCAUUUUAAGGUAGCAGAAAAAUCCCAUGGAAAUUGGAUCAGGCUUUACCUAGAAGGAAAUAAUUCAGAAGUACUCUUAAACCUUGGCAAAAAGGUCCUUAAACAAUACUUAGAGGCUCUGAAGAUACUGAGUUCUUCACUCAGCAGACAAGUGGCACAAUAUGAUAUGUAUUCAAUGAUGGUAGGGGCUACAAUAAUUCUGGAGGUUCUAUUUCUGCUCUUGCUUAGCCUUCCAAAAGCACUGAGCAGUAAGGCUGAAUUUGAAGUGCCACUUUCGUCUGCCCUGUUCUCUCUGCUGUUUUACCUGAUAUGUCUGAUGCUCUGCGCAGUUCAUGUAAUUGUAUGCACAUCAGCAGAAAGUUUGUGCUAUUUCUGCAGUAUUUCAUGGUUAAUGGCAGUUGGAGUGAUGAUGCUGAUUUCUGCACUGAUGUGCAUAAUUUUAUCUGCCCUUGGAAAGAUAUUUAUGAAUAAUAAACUUCCAGCAAAGAAUUCAGCUGUCUCCAAUUCUAGCUGGUCAGAAUUAGAUGUACUCAUUUUGGCAGGAACUCUUGGCCAUGUUCUCAGUCUGGGGGCAAGCAGUUUUAUAGAAGAAGAGCACCAAACCUGGUAUUUUCUUAUCAAUACCCUUUGUCUGGCACUGUGCCAGGAAAUUUGUAGGCACUACUUUCUUUUGAAAGAAUCUGAUCUUCAGUUUAGCACUGUUCUGAAACAGACUGUUGAAGAUUUCAAAGAAACGGGUCACUUCAAGGAAGUUGAUAUACCAGCAUGUGAUUCAAAACUGAACAAGUUUGCCACCUCAGCUGAACUUAGAAAAGGCUCCGAAAAAUGGAUAGGCUUAGCAAGUCCCUGGAUCAUCCUUAUUUGCUGUCGGCUACUUCGUUCAUUAAACCAGACAGGAGUUCAGUGGGCUCAUCGGCCAGAUUUUGGACACUGGUUAACAAGUUCUGAACAUAAAGCUGAACUUUCUCUUCUAGCAGCUAUCUCCUUAGUUAUGAUCUUUAUUCUGGUUCAGAGGAGAUGCUCCCUGGUUUCAAAAAUUGCGAUGGCACUUGGGCUCUUGGGAAUCUACAGUUAUCGUGCAGCCAUUGGAAAUGUUGUAUUUCCAUGGCAACAAAGCAACAAAGAUGUUUCAAAGGGAAUUAUUGAAGCUCGUUUUGUUUAUGUCUUUGUCCUUGGCAUAAUUUUCACUGGUACCAAAGAUUUACUCAGGUCACAGGUUAUCUCUACAGACUCCAAGACAAAAAUUACAGGCUUAUGGGAAAUAUAUAGUGGAUUGGUUCUCCUAGCGGCUCUGCUGUUUAGACCCCAUAACUUGCCAGUCCUGGUGUUUUGUCUGCUAAUUCAACUGAUAAUGACAAGAUGCAUCUGGACGCCAUUGAAAUUUGAUGCAGCUCAAAUGACUAUAGUGCAUUAUUGGUUUGGUCAAGCUUUCUUUUAUUUUCAGGGAAAUUCAAAUAGCAUCGCUACAGUGGAUGUUUCAGCUGGUUUUGUGGGGCUAGACAACUAUGUGGCAAUACCAGCAAUUUUCCUUACAGGAUUUGCAACAUAUGCUGGACCUUUCCUGUGGGCCAUUCAUUUACUGUGCUACUUGAGCUCUGAAGUUAGCAGGCAUUCGGCAGCGAUGGGUCAUGGCUGUUUCUGCUAUGCUCUGAUACAUUCUAUUCCAGUUGCUGUCUACAUAAUUUUGGUAACAGGUCUACGUUACCACCUAUUCAUAUGGAGUGUUUUCUCACCCAAGCUACUUUAUGAAGGAAUGCAUGUGUUCAUUACAGCUGCUAUUUGUGUGUUCUUCACAGCCAUGGAUCAGAAACAGUUUCAGAAAAUUCAAGACUGAAAGUGAAUGUACUGUACAGAACUGUGUCGUCAUGGUACCCAGGGAGUUACUGGAUUAGAUAGAAUGAAAAUGAUGGAAUAUCCUGAAAUUCAGAGCCAUUUUUAUUAUUAUUAUUAACCUCCACCAUAUAUGCUGUAAAGGAUUUACAUUUAUUUAAAAAGAUUUUGCGUUUUAAAAGGUUGAACUGGAAUAGAUCCAGUUUUUCCUAUUAUUUGUUACAGCUCCCUUAUUCUGUACUGGCCAUUCUGGAAUUGAUGAAUAUCCAUAGUUAUAAUAUUGCUCAUUCAUGUACAUUUCUCAGUAAGCAGAAAGUUUAGUUUUUAGCAUCUUGUUGGAUGAGGCUUCAGAUAUUAAGAACUAUUUAACUAAUUCAGUUUUAUAGUAUUUUAUCUGACGGUCUUCAUAAUUAAAGGCCUCAUCCUACGGAAGUUACUGGGAGAUGUAUCAAACCUUAAAUGAAAAUACGGUCCUUCUUCAAUAUGGGAAAAAUGCACUUGUCAAAUGUAGAUUUCUUUGGAUAUUCUUACACUGCUCUUUUUGUCUGUAAUUUCAUACUCUAGUAUUUUAACUAGGAAAUGUUAAAGGCAAGUUUAUUAACAAAACAUUCCCAAAAAGCCAUUUACCAACAGGAAUAACACCAUUUUGAAGUAAUCUCAUAAAUUUUAGUUAUAGGAAUAAGUUGUAGGUGUUUAUAAAUUGAAGAACGUAUAUUUUCUUGUAGAGUAAAAUAAAUAAUGGUCAAGGAACUGUGACUUGGUGUUAGCUAUUUAUCAAACUAACAGUUCUUUGACAGGUUUAUAUAACAAAGCAACUCAUAUUUAUAUUUUGAAGUGCUUAACGUGGAAGGUAUGGAUAAAAAUGAUAUAUGAUGGCCAACCUUUGUCAAUGGAGUCCUUAAUAGCUGAAGCAUGACAAAUCACUGUGAUAUUAAAUAUUUUAUGUAAACAGAUUUGUAUAGAUAUAUAGCCCAAUGCCUAUCAAGCUUCUAAAAGUGAGGAAUUGUUCUGAAAUGCUGUACAUUUUUACAUAAACUUUAUAGUAACUAUAAUUUAUACUGUCACAGUUUUUUCCUUAAAAUAAAUUAUCUCAAGACAAUUCAUAAUGAUUUGGUGAAGCUUAUAAGGUCUUAUGUUCCUUAACUGUGAUAUCCGUGUUUCCACAGCAUGUGUUUUACCUCCCAUCAAAAUCGUGUAAGUCUUAUGCAUAGUAAUUGAAUGUACUUUUUUUAGCAAUUUGCUUUAGUGAGUGAAAUAUCUAUUCCAUUUCUUAGAUGAGUGCUAUAAUUAAGUUUGAGGUACUUCUUGAUUUCUUUCUCCUGCCCUUUGGGCAACAAAUCAGAAACAUUAAGGGCUAGCAAAGUAAUGAAUCUUCUAUGAAGCCUGAAUGAUUAGCUCUCAAGUGUGGUGUUUCCUGUUGCUAAAUAUGUAUAAAUGUUAAAUCAUACUGGUUGUUGCACUGAACAUUUCUACAUGUUUUUCACACAGCCACAGAAAUGUGAGAGCCUUCAGGAGUGAAAGAGCUAAUGAACUCAAGGGCAAGGAUACUUUAUUGAGAUAUGUCAUAUUCCCUUUAGCUUAAAAUCAUGCAAUAUGCCCUCAAGGAUUAUGGCACAAUAAAUACACAUCUCUGUCAUUUUCCAUGGUGCUGUCAAGAAAACAAAUACAUUGUUAAAUAGUCUAUAAUAAAUCAUUCUUUUAAUAUUUUCUUAACUUCUGUUUUGGUCUAUGUAACAACAUAAGCACAGUCAGUAUCUCAGCUAAAUGUAUUAGAGGUGUGCUGAGGGAUGAACAAAUGAUGAAUUUCAUCUCCUCUUGCACUGCAUCCAUCUGAAAGUAAAUGCUUUUGAGACCUCUAAGUCAUUACUGAAGCUGAUGGCCCAUUUGUUAGGAUUGUUAAUGUCCUUUUUCAUCUAAUCUCUCAAAGUAAGUUACAGAAAGAUGCCCCUUCAUUUUGGUACGUGCACUUCCAUUACCAAUAAGAGACAGCAGACCUAUCUUUAAUCACUAUAAUGUGUAUUCUCUGAAUGGGCAAUCUCAGUAUUCUGGACUUCAUAUCAUUGGUGUUCAGUUGGAGAAGCUGCAUGAGAGACUAAUGGCUCUUGAAUGUCAUUAGCAGUGACGUGUUAAUCUUUGGAAAAUGAAAUAUUGGUUCUUUUAAAAAAUAAAAUGCUUUAACUAUU